GUUGGUUGACAGUAGCCGCGCAAGGCUAGAAGAAGAAACACGCCCAUUUUGCUCACACUGUUGGGCUUCGAAUUGAGCCGAAAUAUCAAUACACAGUAGCGGACAAAGAGCUGCAAUGGACGGUGAUGUUGCAGUUGGUGUGAAGAGAGGCUCGGAUGAGCUCAACAUGUACGGCAACAGUCCCAACUCUAUGGCCGCAAAUGGCAGCGACAGUAAGAAACAGCGUCUAGAUGAAUCACCUCCCUCCAGAGUUCUCCACAUCAGGAAACUUCCCAAUGAAGUUUCAGAGACUGAAGUCAUUGCUCUGGGGCUACCCUUUGGAAAGGUUACCAACAUACUGAUGCUUAAGGGGAAAAACCAGGCCUUUCUAGAGUUAGGUACAGAAGAAGCAGCCAUCACUAUGGUGAACUACUACACAGCUGUCACACCACAGGUCAGAAAUACGCCUGUGUUUAUCCAGUACUCUAACCACAAGGAACUGAAAACAGACUCUGCUCUAAACCAGAGGGCUCAGGCAGUGCUGCAGGCAGUGUCAGCCGUUCAGGAUGGAAGCUCUCCAUCUUCUCACCAAGGUGUUUUGGAGGCGGCUCCACCCCCCAGCCCUGUUUUACGAAUUAUCAUUGACAACAUGUUUUAUCCUGUGACACUGGAUGUUCUACAGCAGAUCUUCAGUAAGUUUGGGACUGUAAUGAAGAUUAUAACCUUUACCAAGAACAAUCAGUUUCAAGCUCUUCUGCAGUUCAGUGAUCCUGUGAAUGCACAACAGGCUAAACUGUCUUUGGAUGGACAGAACAUCUAUAAUUCGUGCUGCACUCUGCGUAUAGACUUCAGUAAACUGGUGAACCUCAACGUCAAAUACAACAACGAUAAGAGUCGAGAUUACACCAGACCUGACCUUCCUACUGGAGACGGAGAAUCAACAAACAAGGAUCAUUCUUUGUUGGGUACUCCGUCUGGAGCGCUAGCUUCCUACUCCAGUGGAGGAGGUUACUCAUCAUCUCUGUCCAUCUCACAGGGUGGAGGAGCUAUUAGUCCCCUAAGCGCUGCUGCAGCUGCUGCUGCUGCUGCAAGUCGUGUUGCUUUGUCUGGGUCUGGAGUGUCAGGAGUCCUGCUGGCUUCCAACCUCAAUGAAGAGAUGGUCACGCCUCAAAGUCUCUUUACCCUCUUCGGAGUCUACGGUGAUGUUCAGAGGGUGAAGAUCCUCUACAACAAAAAGGACAGCGCUCUGAUCCAGCUGUCCGAUGGCAACCAGGCCCAGCUUGCUAUGAGCCAUUUAAAUGGUCAAAAGGUGUUUGGUAAAGUGAUGAGAGUGACGCUGUCAAAGCAUCAAACCGUGGCUCUGCCCAGAGAAGGACUGGAUGACCAACUAUUAACUAAAGAUUUCUCUGGUUCACCACUCCAUCGCUUCAAGAAGCCCGGAUCCAAGAACUUCCAGAACAUCUUUCCUCCGUCUGCGACUCUUCACCUGUCCAACAUCCGAGACGGCGUUGGAGAGGACGACCUGCGUCUGCUUUUUUCUAACAGUGGCGGAUCUGUGAAGGCCUUCAAGUUCUUUCAGGAUCGUAAGAUGGCCUUAAUCCAGAUGUCGUCCGUAGAGGAGGCCAUUCAAGCACUGAUGGAUCUUCACAACUAUGACAUGGGUGGAAAUCACCACCUCAAGGUUUCCUUUUCAAAGUCCACCAUCUAAUGUCUCUUGCUCGGCGCCGGAGGAAAGAAACGCAACAAGUGACUAGGUCGAUACUGUUGUUCUUAUUAGAACAACGCGUUUGACUGUGCUCUCCUCAACGUUUUAAUGAAGUAGUACAGUGUUUUUAUCACAAAUGUGAAGUCCAAAGCUUACGAUUCUAAUUUAUUUUUAGUUAAAUUACUGGAAGAAUCUGCCGUAACGAACCAAGCUGGUUUUCAGGUGUUUGACCUAAUGAUCAAUCUUACUUUUCUUAACAUUGUGUCGCUGCAUCUGCUUCUGUCCUCCAAUCAAAUGCCUUUUUUGAAAGCCAAAACUAUUAUUGUUCUUACACUUGCUCACUAUUCUGAACUUUACCGCUUGUUGUCUUUCGGGCAGCAUCAUCCAGUUGACUCAUCCAAACCUCCCACGGUUAGUUUGUGUCUUUGUUGCUUCCUGUGUUUGGAACAAAAUGACACUUUUCGUCCAGCUACAAGCAUAAAGGAGUCAAAUGUGUUUUAGGCGUGGUUAACUUGGCUCUGUACUCUGAUUUGCAGUGUAAAUACGACGCAGCAUCCAGCGGUGGGAGCUUGUGUGCAACUUUAGGGAUUUUGUUCUACAAACAAUCACUUUUAAAAUUAGAAGUGAGAUUUUAAAUAUUUAGUAACUAGUAUGGAGUUGGAAGGAUUGACACUUUUUUAAAGCACUGUAGUGAUCUGUGAAUCACUUAGCUUUUUUCACAUAAUGCCGCUUUGCUGCAAAGAUGUUUUAGGGCUUUUUUUUCUUUUGAGUCUGGGGACAACUGAAUAAAUGUCCUGUAUGUAAAAACCUAACCUAACAAAUUAACAUAACGCUGAUGCUCCUGAGUUUAAGUCAGUGAGUGUGUGCACACGUACUGUACACAGAAUGCAUGCUGAAGUUUAGACGGUGGUCUAUGAUUCGAACUUCACAAGAAGUCGUGAUUGGACCAAAAUACAUUUCUCUGUCUUGGUUUCAAUUAACACAUUGUUUUACACAUAGUGUUAACAAAAGUUCAUUUUAUCAUCAAUAUUGGAAGCAUAAAACACAAACCAGCCUGCUCCUCUCUCCUGUAACAUGAACUCAGAGGAGACGCACAAGUAAACUAGCUCUGUCCUUUUUUCACUCUGAUUUAUUGUUGAACACUUUCUUGAGAUUGUUAAGUGUUUUUUUUGUAAAUCCAAGUUCAGUUUCUUUUGUGAUAAAAUUUCAGAUUAGCAAAAAUUAAACAUGUCUUUUCUACAAAUCUGA